AUGCAUUUGUUAAACUCAAGCCUCAUUUUUGUUUCAGGUAUAUAUAACAAAAAAAUGAUGCUUUCGGUGAUCGUUGCGAUCCUCGUCUGCCUUGUGGGCUACAUUUACCGAUCAUUGAAGCCUCCACCACCGCGGAUCUGCGGCGUUCCUAACGGUCCUCCGGUUACCUCUCCGAGAAUCAAGCUCAGUGAUGGAAGAUACCUUGCUUAUAGAGAAUCCGGCAUUGAUAAAGCCAGUGCUAACUACAAGAUCAUCGUCGUUCAUGGCUUCAACAGCUCCAAAGACAUGGCAUUUCCAAUCUCUAAGGAUCUUAUUGAGGAGCUUGGGAUAUACUUGCUGUUUUUCGACAGAGCAGGAUAUGGAGAAAGUGACCCACACCCAUCACGCACAGUCAAGAGCGAAGCAUACGACAUUCAAGAACUCGCCGAUAAACUCAAGAUCGGACCAAAAUUCUUCGUUAUUGGGGUAUCACUCGGUGCUUACUCAGCUUAUAGCUGCCUUAAAUACAUUCCCCACAGAUUGGCCGGAGUAGUCUUAUUGGUUCCAUUUGUGAGUUAUUGGUGGACUAAAGUGCCUCAAGAACUUUUGAGUAAAGCGCUCCAGCUAAUGCCAAAGCAAGACCAGUGGACGUUUCGAGUGGCUCAUUACGCUCCGUGGUUGUUGUACUGGUGGUUAACCCAAAAACUGUUUCCGUCUUCGAGUAUGAUCUCCGGGAACAAAGCCUUAUGUAGUGACAGAGAUUUGGUCAUCACAAAGAAGAACUUGGAGAAUCCAAGUCCUAGCGUGGUGAAAGUUCGGCAACAAGGAGACCAUGAAUGUCUUCACCGGGACAUGAUAGCUGGAUUCGCCACAUGGGAAUUCGACCCGACUGAACUUGAAAAUCCGUUUGCGGAAAGCGUAGGAUCAGUCCACAUGUGGCUAGGCGUCGAAGACAGAGUUGUUCCGGGAGAAAUUAAUCAAUACAUCGCACGUAAGCUUCCAUGGAUUAAGUACCACGAGGUUCCAGGUUAUGGACAUCGGCUAAACGCGGAGGAGCAGAUAUGUGAAAAGAUUAUAAAGGCGCUUCUCGUGGAAUGA